AUGGAAAUCUACUUCAUUAAUAGAAUCAGAGUGUGGAGGGGCGCCCUGUCAUGGCUGUUGGCAGCCUUGGCCCUGAGCCUCAUGCUGAUGAUGAUCUUGAGGAACAGUAAUAUGGAUCACUUCACCACCACUCCCGCUCCCCUGGACCUCCAGACUUUUCACCGAUUCAAUGUGGACUGCUCUGCAAUAUACGACAUGGACCCCAUGGAAGUGUGGAGAGCUUUAACAUUAAGGAAACACAUUGUGGAGGAAUCGGAUGAUGGCCUGGUCAAUCUCACAUCGAAUUGCAAUGUUUUCCUCAAGUCUAGAGGCUAUAACGAUGUAUGCUUGUCACAGGAGGAGAAAACCUUCCCAUUGGCGUAUUCAUUAGUUGUCCACAAAUAUGCCUGGAUGGUGGAGAGACUUAUCAAAGCAUUAUAUUCUCCUAACAAUAUUUUCUGUAUUCACUACGAUGAGAAGUCUUCAGAUAAGUUCCGUUCAGCAAUGGAAAGCUUGGCCCGGUGUUUGCCAAAUGUUAUGAUUGCUUCAAAAAGAGAAUAUGUGGUCUAUGCCAGCAUUACCAGAUUAAAGGCAGAUUUGCAUUGCAUGUCAGACCUUUUGAAGUCAGAGGUUAAGUGGAAGUACAUUAUCAACCUUUGUGGACAGGAUUUCCCCCUCAGACCCAAUACUGAAUUAGUGAAUGAACUAACCAAAUUAAAAGGUGCAAACAUGUUAGAGACUUGCAGACCUACUCCGUAUAAAAGUGAAAGAUAUAAGGAGAAGAAGUCACCGCCUCAUGGGAUUGAAAUGUUUACCGGCAGUGCUUACUUUGUCCUGUCAAGGGAAUUUGUGGAGUAUAUGCAAUCCUCUGAUGUGGUCAAAGAUUUUCUGGCUUGGUGUGAAGAUACCUACUCCCCCGAUGAACAUUUCUGGGCAACCCUUGCACGUUUGCCUGGUGUACCAGGAGAGGUUCCCCGGUCACACCCAGAUGUCACUGAUGAAAUGAGUAAGACGAGGCUGGUCAAGUGGUCCUACAUGGAGGGCGAUUUGUACCCACGCUGCACUGGUGUGCACAUACGGGGUGUUUGCAUCUAUGGUGUGGCGGAAAUGCGCUGGCUACUUGAUGACGGUCACUGGUUUGCUAAUAAAUUUGACCCCAAAAUAGACCCUGUUAUCAUUCAGUGCCUUGAGGAGAAUCUACAGAAAAGACAAAAGUUACUUCAGUCUCUUGCUUCAUCUGUGUGCUACUGAGGAAGGGAUUGUUCAUAAACUGUAGACCAGAAAAUACACAAAACGUCUUGUUUGGAUUCAGGUGAUUUGGACAACAAAGUAAUUUCCUCUUCCAAUAGGUGGGCGAAGAACAUUAGAUAUAUAGUACCUCACAAUGUUUGAAGUGCAGUUUUAGAGCAGGGCCCACAAUCUUAUUUAAUCAUAUUAGAUAAUGGAAAGGCUGUUUCAGUGACACAAGAUUAGAUAAGAGAAG